GGAAGUCAUAUCCAGGGUGUGUGUGGGCAGAGUAAGAGUGAAUGAAAGUUGGAGAUUGGAGAAGAGACAGUAAGUGGAGUGUACAGAAGUUUGAGGUGAGACUCUUAUGUCUCCAUUCAGUUAAACAUCUGACGCCUCGCUUUCAAGGCUUCAAUCCAGUUAGAAAACCUUAUUUCAGAUUGUUCAACCUGGAUGUACAGCACACCGCACCACGGUGCUUUGGAGGUCAUACCAAUGGAUACUGUUAUAGCAGCAUCGGUUGCAUUAUGCUCUCAAUUCACUUAUGAAUACAUGGAUACUGUACGGCAGAAGGAGGUGUACAGUGAUCAUGGAAGCCACUAAGAGAAUGACAACUGACUGUACCUACUCCACUAUCAACAGGCUGAAGAAGGGCUGCCGUGGUGACAUAACUGGUUUCCAUAUUGCUUCAGUGGAAAACAAGGAAGCUGGGCAAAGAAAAGUGGGGGCACAAAAACUCCCCUUUGCCCCAAUAGACAACCUGAGCAACCAGAGGGCAGAAUCACCCAUGAUGGCUCACAGGAGGCCGACCUUUGACCUUCACAGCAAUGAGAACACUCUCUUGGUAGACAACAAGCUCCCCAGAUCCAAUAGAGGCAACAUCAAGGACAAGAUCUCUUUGUGGGAGGGGAAGGAGCCCACUCACUCACCCAUCACCUCAGGUUCUUUGGGCCACAGCGGCAGCAUAAAAAGGACAAACUCCCUGACAAAAGGCAACAGUAAAACUACUGAUGAGCAGAGUGCAGAGAGUUGCAGGAGAGUAGCCGUGAAGGAAAAGGAAAAUCUUGGGAAAGAGAAUGGGGAUUCAAGGCCUUGUUCACCUGCUGAAACUGGAAAACCGCAAACAGGGAUGCUCAAGAGCAGCAAGACCAGUGAGAACCAAAAAGGAGAAGAUUGCAGUAGAGUUGUCCACAAGGAAAAGCAAGAUCACGAGAAGGAGAAUGUAGAAAAGCUUGGGGAUUCAAGACCCUUUUCGCCUAUGGUGGUAGUGCAGCAGCAGGUGGGGACAUUGAGGAAAAGCAAUGACAGAAGAGCCGCAGAACAAACCAGCCAGGAGAAGAGAGCUGUAUUUACUCUUUUCAAAAAGCUGGAGGCAAUGGGGGAGAACCACGGGAAAACUCCCACAGAGCUUGGAAACUACUUCAGCCCACCGAGCAAGGACAAACAAGUCGAGGUGAAGAAGAAAGAAUCUGAAGUUAUGGGUCAAACUGGUGCAGUGAAAUCCUCUGGGACCAGAGAUGGGAAGCAACAAGAAAAUGUGUACACAGAGCCAGGGGCGCCCCCCAUCAACCCAGUCCCCAAACCUCAACGAACCUUCCAGCAUCCAAAGACCGCUUCCAUUGGGAAGAGUCAGAGUCAGGGUAGAGGACAGAGGAACCUUCCACCGCUGCCUUUAAUCUCCACGAAAACUUCCACAAAACCUCCCUCUGGUGUCUACAGGAGACCCCGGGGGGAGAGAGUCAGAGACAGCAUCAAUAGGAAAUCCUUUGAGUUUGAAGACCUCGCGGGGUCAACUAGCCCGCUCUUCUCUCACUCACUGUCUCAAGAACAUCACUAUGAAGACAUCCUCGACUCUUCCAAGGAGAACCCAUAUGAGGACAUAGAGUUGGAGAGUCAGUGCUCCCAGCAGUCUUUGCCCUCCUCUCCUGGCGCCGAUAGUACCAAGAUGUCGAGGCCUGGCUUCUUCAGGCAGAACUCAGCCAAGAGCUUCAAACUGCUGGACCUGCGGAGAAGUAACCAGUCGACCCACAGCAGCAGCAGCGGGGGUGUUUCAUCUCCACCCCAGCUCAGCCCUCCCUCCACUCCCAUUGGGCAUGAAAACACAUCCUGGCUGCCCGGGGAUCCCUACAGCCGCACCUGCCGCAGGAUACCAACGAUUGUACUAAGAAUCAACAGCAUCUUUGAGGCUCGGAUCGGGAAGAAGCACCUACGUAGGAUCUAUCAUUACGCUGAGACAAGCUCAGGGAGAGUGACAGAUGAGAACAGCGACUCUGAGAGUGAAGUUGAAGAAAGAGCAAAAGCACAUCGUCAGCGUCUUGUGUCAGUCCAGUCCAUACUGAGCCAGCCAGGAAAGUCUCAAGGCCACUACAACGGUGCCAACAGCUCUCUGGAACAGGAGCUCCACCAGCGUCAACUCUUUGAAUAUUUUCUAGUUGUGUCACUGCAGAAGUCGAAGGCUGGUGCCCACUAUGUGCCGGAGGUCACGCAGCAGUUCCCCCCAAAGCUGGAGAGGAGCUUCAAGUUCAUGAGGGAGACAGAGGAUCAGCUGAGGAUUAUUCCACAGUUCUGCUUCCCUGAUGCAAAAGACUGGGAGCCGGUGGAGACCUACCCAAGUGAGAUGUUCGCUUUUGUUUUGACUGGAGAGGAUGGGAGCAGGAGGUUUGGAUACUGCCGGCGUUUACUGCCCAGUGGAAAAGGUAAACGUCUACCAGAGGUGUACUGUAUUGUUAGUCACCUUGGCUGUUUCAACCUGUUCUCCAAGGUGCUGGAUGAGGUAGAGAGGCGGAGAGCUUUGUCUCCAGCCCUUGUGCAACCUUUUAUGAGGGCCAUCAUGGAAGCUCAGUUUCCAGCUCCAGGCAGAACAAUCACCAUUAAGACGUUCCUCCCUGGCUCAGGCACUGAGGUGAUGGAGCUUUGUCGGCCCUCUGACUCACGUCUGGAGCAUGUGGACUUUGAGUGCCUGUUCUCCUGUCUGAGUCUGCGGCUUCUCCUCCGGGUGUUCGGCUCUCUGCUGCUGGAGCGACGGGUCAUCUUCACCGCUGACAAACUCAGUACUCUAUCCCAGUGCUGCCAUGCUGUUGUGGCCCUGCUUUACCCCUUUGUAUGGCAGCACACUUACAUCCCCGUGCUGCCCUCGGCCAUGCUCGACAUCGUCUGCACUCCAACCCCAUUUAUCGUUGGCCUGCUGUCCAGUUCUCUGCCUCAGCUCACAGAGCUGCCCCUGGAGGAGGUUCUGGUGGUGGAUCUUGGAAACAGUCGAUUUCUCAGACAGUUGGACGAUGAGGACUCCAUCCUGCCGCCUAAGCUCCAAUCAGCUCUGGAGAAUGUUCUGGAGAGGAGACGAGAGCUCGCUAAUGAGAGAGGAGGAGACACACCCAGUGACUCUGGUCACCUCAGCACCGUUGUGUCCGAGGCCUUUGUUCGUUUCUUCGUGGAGCUUGUAGGCCACUACCAACUCUUCAUCAUCGGAGAACGGGAAGACGGCUACUCAUCCUCUUCCUCAUCCCCGGUGCCCUGCUCCUUCCAGCGCGAGGGUUUUCGUAAAGCGAUCCCGUCUAAGACUGUGCGCCGCUUCCUGGAGGUCUUCAUGGAGACCCAGAUGUUUGGCUGGUUCAUCCAGGAGAGAGAGCUCCACAGGCAGGCUCUGAGAGGACUGUUUGAAAUGAGGGUGCAGGAGUAUCUAGACUCCAUCCAUGAGAAUGAACACCGGAGGGUUAACAGGUUUCUCAAAGGCUUGGGGAACAAAAUGAAGUUUCUUUCCAAGAAGUAAUGACACUGUAAUUGCACAGAAGGAGACAAAAGAAGCACAGAAAGACUGAAAUUUGACAAAAGAAAUAAUUAUUUGACACUCGUCCACGCCAUCCUCAUCUGUAUCAGUGUUGAAACUGAGGGUUUUCACUCGAGGACUCAUGAUUGGAUGGCUGUUGGGAAUCACAAUUUUUUUUUCCACCAAAGGAACUGUAGACUCACAAAAAAACGGGCUAACCAGAAACCUCUUGAAUUCUUCAGGUGUCAACAUUCAUAAGAACAAACAACACAGUGUAUAGAAAUAUUGGUCUCUGUAAGCUACAUAUGGCUGACAGGAAGACAUUCUCCACAGUUUGAUGGUCACCCUUCGUAUGCACUGAAAGUUCAGUCAUAGUAUCUUCUGAAACCACUAGGGGGCAGUAGUAUAUUUUCUCUGGUUACAUGAUCUUGACACUGAUAGUGAAUGACCAGAAAUGACAGACCUGCUUUGCUGCUCUUGCUUCAAUGCUUCAAUUCUGUUUUAGUCAUAACAGUGAUAACAUCACAAAUGUUUGACUCUUUGACAAGUAAAUAAACAUUCUCUGUUG